GGUAUCCAUAGCAAUAACUGAAGAUAUACAACCUCAAUUAAUGCCCACCAAACGACCUUGAUUUUCUUAUGUCUGAUGGACAGUGCUCAAAAUUCAACAGAAGAUGCUCCAAAUGACCACACAAUACAAGAAAAUGUCAUGGAGAAACGGUCAUUUGCACCAGAAGAAGAUAAGCCAGAUGUCCUAGAGGAAACUCCAGUAUCCAUCCCCCCACGGCCACAUGACCUACAGUCCACCACCGCACAUGACCUGGAGUCCACCACACAUGACCUACAGUCCACCACCCCACAUGACCUGGAGUCCACCCCACCCUCCGCUCUACCUGGCUACCUUCCCUGGGAAGAAGACAUGGAAAUGGUCUCCAAAUAUCUCGACAGAAAGGAUGAUCUAGAAGAGUCUUACGAGUGCUACCUACAAGGCAACCCAGAGCUGAGAGCAAUUCUGGCCGACUUCAUGCAAGCUGUACUCAUACAAAAACCAGACAAUGUCUACCAAUUUGCACGGGACUAUUUUAGACCAUUUGGAUCGGAUGCUACCCACGCUCCACUCUUCCCCUCUCAUAGGGUCACUCCAUCAGACUAAAAAUAAAUUAUGCAUAUACCCUAUAAUUAGAAAAUUAUUAUUAUUGUGUCGUCAUGCAAUUAUUAUUGCGCAAUUUUAUUCACUGUAAGGAUAGUCUGCUAAUUAUUGUGCUAUGAA